CAGUGUCGUAUAGGUGCCAGUGUGCCAGCAAUGACAAUUUUCUAAAACUUGGCGAACGGUCUUUGGGACCUAUACGAUUAUUGCAUGUCGCCUACAAGGAAAAACAAUGACAUCCGUCACAAUACCCUCAGGCACUGGUCCACCACAUGGAGGUUAUACUUCAGCACGCGACCAAAUAUCAAACAGCGAAUCAGAAUUCGAAUCAACCAGAAGUUCCAAGCGUUGCCGUAGUUUACCAUCAACCACAGAUUCUUGCAAAAAACGUAGAAAACAAUCUACUCCGAUCAGGAUCUACAAUUCAGAAUCGGAAAGUGCAGGAGAUAGUUCUGUUCAUUUAUCACCAUAUUUGGAUUCAAAACCAGCAGAGUCUCCUGAGAAUAUCGAUUUACGAUGUCACAUGUGCCAAUUAGAAUUUGAAACAUCUGAACAGUUGCAAAACCACAUUUCUCGUGGACAUCACUAUGUUGGAUGCAAAACAGAGUCAGAGGAGCAAGAAGAUGAUGCAAGAUCUACUACUCCUGCAUUUACGGAUGUUCCUCUGUGUCUUUCAAUGCACAGACCCGAAAUACAAUGGACAGGAGAUAUGCAUAGCAAAGACUGGGGAAAUCACAAUAUGCAAAACAUGUCAUUUAGUACUAAUAAUCCGGUGUUUAUGACAAUGCCCCAAUUCCAUCAACCAGAAAACGUUCAAAUUAAACCUAUUCGAAUAUUUAAUGUUGAUGCGUAUUGCGGUUUAUGCAACAAGGAGUUUUGUAAUAAAUAUUUUUUAAAAACCCACAAAGCUAAUAAGCAUGGUAUUUACACCGACUUAAUAGCAACUGAACACCAACUGCCAACUACUGUGAAUAUGACAUCUACUACAUCCACCAUGAAUUUGAAACUAUCGACGUCCGUGCCAAGUCUAGAUGUAUCCUUAAAAAACGAAUCGAAAACUUCGAUUAAUGCUCUAAACCCGUAUGGCGUAGUAUUUCCUUGUUCCUUCUCAAAUAAGCUCUCGAAACAGUCAGGAGUCUUAACAGAAAACGAGCUAAACGAUGUUCAGAAUCCAAUUUCCGUUUCGACAUCUAAUGGUCCAUCAUCUUCGAGUGAAAGUGAUAAAUUAAUAUCUGAAGAUCAGGGUACCGAUGUAUGUGCUAGUCCUGGUACUACCCAAGCCGAACCUACCUCAACCAAAAACGAAUCUGAUGGAACUGCUGUUUUAUUUUAUGAUUCUGCCAAAAUGUCUCCUAGUCAGUCUAAUCGAGAAAUGGAUAUUUCGAGUAGGCUUCGCAGAAUAGGCGUUAUGAAUCCCAAAGCUUAUUGUGAAAUAUGUAAUAAAGAGUACUGCAAUAAAUAUUUUUUACGCACGCAUAAAAUGAAACGUCAUGGAAUAUUUAUUAGUGAUGAAAAAGACCAAAAGAUGGAAGGAUUGAGCAACAAUUCGUGGCCUUCUACCAUUCAGACAAGCCCAUUAAAUCUUAUUGUAACUGAACAAGCAUUUGCGAAUGACCGAAAAACUACAUCUCCUAACGACAUAAGUUGCGAAAUAUGCGGUAUUAAGUUCCAAAAUACCAGCUUAGCCCAUUUACAUAACUAUACCGUACAUUCCAAAACCACACCCAAAGAUUUUGAGAGUAAUUUGGAUAUGGGUUUUGGACCGGUAGCUGCUGAUUCAAGAAAACUUCUGGAGAAAUGCAGGAUUACAACUUCUGAUAAAUCCAGAAAUCCUGACGCUAUAAGUGAGGAUCUACAGAAAUUGCAGUCGAUGAUCCUUCAGUUAAAUGACCUAGACGUGACAAAAGUUUCGACAACAUGUAGUUCAUGUAAUAAAGAAUUUGAAAAUCGAUUCUAUUUACAUGCGCAUAUGGUCACCGAACACGGCCUCCUUUUGGAAGAUAACACGGAUUUAGAAAAAAGUCAUGACUCUGAAAACAGUAGCAACGCCAAUAUAUGUGAUUUAUGUGGAAAAGAUUUUCAGAAUUCCGCGGAAAUGAAGGCACAUAUUCUGGAGGUACAUUCAAACUUGACUUCGGUUCCAGACAACAAUAAGGAAGAGUAUGGGAAUGAAAAUAUAUCGCCAGAUAAACCACCGAGUAAAAUCUUUGUGUCUGGUGUUUCCGCUCCAGAACGCAGACUAUCAGUCAAUGUCACACCUACUAGCAGUUAUUGUGAAAUUUGCAACAAAGAAUUGUGCAACAAAUAUUUUAUGAAGACCCAUAUGCAAAGAAUGCAUGGUAUUGAAAUCGAAAAUGGGGCUCAAAUAGGAGGUGUAGUUUGUGAUAUCUGCAAUAAAGAAUUGUGCAGUAAAUAUUUCCUUCGAGUACACAAACAUAAUACGCAUGGAAUUGUGGAAUAUGGUGCCAGCCUUUUGCAGCCUAGGAAGCCCGAAGAACAACCUCCAUUGCAACCCCGUCUUUCAACACCAGAGCCAGAGCCUUCUCUAAAGCCAAGCGAUCUUGCUGAUUUAAGUCAGAGGUACUUUACCCACUUUACAGAAGUAUGUCCGAUGUGCAGCAGAAGAUUCCGAAGCACCAAAUGGCUAAAGUCUCACAUGUUAAAUGACCACGGACAGGCAGGUGCUGAUAAGUGGCUAGAGUUAGAGCAGCAAGUCCAACAGUCGCUUGGUCAAAACAGCAAGCCUUCCAAGGCCAUAAAAAUCGAACGCGCAAGUCCAAAUUUAAAAGUAACAAAUGGAAAUCAGGAUCUAAAUAGCAAAUCGAUCGGAAUUCAAAAUGUACUUACAACAAUUUUCGGUUCAGAUGAGGCAAACUCAAAAUCCUAUCAAUGUUCCUAUUGCCCAUACACUUCUACAUUACUACCUUUAUUAUUUAUCCAUGAACGAACUCACACUAUAAAUGAAAAUAUUCCUCUAAAGUGCCCAGUAUGUCCUCAAUCCUUUUUAGAAAGAGAUUUGUUUCAACGGCACAUGUAUAGUCAUCAUCCGUUUCUGCCCCCUUUAUUUAAUGGGCACACUGAUAUAAAUAAUGAUCAGCCAGGUCAACAAAAAUUAGAAGAAUUGGAAUCUCUGCAUAUUAAAAUGGAGGAAAACUCCGAACAGAGCAAACCAUCGCUUUCAGAAGCUGCAACGAAAAACAAAUCCAGAAUCAGCGUAGCCGAAUUACCUAUGGAAUUAAGUCAGUCCUUACAAGAUGUUGCCAGGAAAGCUCAGUUACCAGCCACUUAUGCGUUGCCACAACCCCACGCCGAAACAUCACAAGAGGAGGUUUCUGCCGAAGCACCGGGGUAUGUAAUGCAAGCUUUUUUACUAGAAGACUCUGCUGCAGAUCGCAGAGUGGUACCAGCUGUCGUUUUUUUACCGAUGCUUCAAAAGCAACCCUCUCCUUUAACAGUUACUUUUACCCUCACCCCGGCCUAACCAGAACUGCCUUUUUUCUAAUCUUAUCAAAUAAGAUUUUUUAAACUUGGAACCGAAAACACAAUUUUGAAUUUGUCAAUACUUGUUCAACAAAAUAUUAAUCAGUUUCCAAUACUACUAUAAUGUACAAAAUAUAUUUUUUGAAUAAAACGCACGUUUCUGAAAAGAAUUUAAAAUAAACGUAGUAAGAACAUGUGAAACCUGUAGCAUAAUUUGCUGAAAGGCUCCCAAUCUGGGGACAACGGUUUUAUUAUUUCUGUAACAUAUUCAGAAAAAAUCUUAUUUGAUGAGUCAUUUUGAUCCCCAAAUUUUAUAUAAAUACGAUAUUUUGAACGUACAAAUCGAUAGCCAUUCCACGCCACCUGUGAUUUAUUAUUAUUUUAAUUUUGACGUAUGUUUAUUGAAUAAUCAUAAAAUAUAUUAAAGUAAGCGUAUUCCUAUAUUUGCAAAGUCUUGCCUCGUAUAUUUCGAGGAACAUAUGAGCACAUAUUUUUAUGCAAAUACAGAAAGACUGAGUGAAAUUUUAUAUAUGAUCUGUUGAUUUUUCACUUAAAAUAUAUCGAGAUAAAUGAUGUUUUGUACGAUAUAAAGCUUUAGGUGAUGUUUAAAGAAGUUCCUAUUUUAUAUCUCGAUAUAAAACUACUAUUAGUUCACAAAGAAGUAAGUACGUAUUAAGUUUCUAGGUGUAGUUUGCUCAACAAACAGUUUUGAAACCAAGAAACACUUUUUAAUUUUUUCAUUGACGUCGUUAUUUUGUAGUAGAUAAAUAUUUAA